UGUGUGUGUACGUGUGUGCGUGUGCUGACUUGCACUCAGGGCUCCGGGAAGUGUGCUCUGGGUUGAAACCCGAUCCCCCAACUCCCUGAGUCAUUUUCCUCGCGAUCUGAAAAUGCAGUCUUUAUGUUUCAGCCGCAGACUGGAAGGUGGUGUGUGUGUGUGUGUGUGUGUGUGUGUGUGUGUGUGUGUGUGUGUGUGUGUGUGUGUGUGUGUGUGUGUGUGUGUUCACACACCACCCGGGAAUACAGAGCCAACUACUGGGCAGGGCAGGGGAGGCUCAACUGGUGCGUCCUUCCAGCGGGACCCUGGGGUGGGCUCUGCAGGCCCCCGCCCGCCCCUUCCCGGCCCAGCCCCAGUCUGGGUGAGGUUGGAAAGUCCUGGAAAUGCAGCUGCCUGCUUGCUCCUUAACUUUGGAAAUCGGCUCUUGUUGCGCGGCCAGCCUUUAUGGCGACUCGGCCCCGGUCCCUGUGGAUUGGUGUGUUGUUGUUACUCACUUGGGUGUGGGGCUCUGUUCUGAACUGGGCGGGCAACUCGCCCGGGGUCUAACUACCCUGAGCCUCCCAGCCCGGCGGCACGAAGGCUAGAGGAGCUGCAGGGAUUGCUGAGGCUCCAAUGCAGCGGCAGGGGCGCGCAGAGGUGGCCCGGGGCUCCCAGAUGCUGUGGGCACGCUCGCGGUGAGCGCGGGAGAGAGCGCCCAACGGCCCGGGAAAAAAAGCAGCAGGGCGCACUCGGGGCCCCAGCAGCGGGGAGCGAGUACCUCGGAACCCAGCAGUGCAGGCGGGAGGGUGGAGCGCAGCGCGACUAGCAUCGCGGGCAGUUAUAUAAACAGCUUCAGCGGUCACCCAGAACUGCAGCUCCAGCAUCCGCUUGGCAGAAAUCGAGCCUGAAAGUUUGCCUGCUUGGGGAUAUGGACACACCGAGGAGCAGAGAGAGCUAGUGGACUCUGGGAUGCACAGGCAGUGGGAGCCGAUGGCUGCAGCAAGCUGGCUGCAGGGCCCUGGACAAUACUGCCUCCCCGGCCUGUGUGGGCAUGGAGCCAGGUAGACUGAAAUCACCACGCGUCCAAAUUAAAAUUGCCUACUUCGAGGAUUAUUUGGAGGACUAUUCUUAAAGCCUUUUAAGAAGAUUUGACGAAAACCCCUGGACCUGAGCACGGCAAGGACCCCUCCGUGGAUGUGGAAGAGCAAGGGCCGGCGGCCAUGGACGUGAAGGAGAGGAAGCCAUACCGCUCGCUGACCCGACGCCGGGACACGGAGCGCCGCUACACCAGCUCCUCGGCUGACAGUGAGGAGGGCAAGGCCCCACAGAAGUCCUACAGCUCCAGUGAGACCCUCAAGGCUUAUGACCAGGACGCCCGCCUGGCCUAUGGCAGCCGCGUCAAAGACCUGGUGCCACAGGAGGCCGAGGAGUUCUGCCGUGCAGGAACCAACUUCACCCUGAGGGAGCUAGGGCUGGGGGAGAUGACACCACCCCAUGGCACCCUGUACCGCACAGACCUGGGCCCCCCGCACUGUGGCUACAUGCUGGGGGCCGGCUCAGAUGCUGAGCUGGAAGCUGACACCAUGCUGUCCCCAGAGCAGCCCAUGCGGCUGUGGGGGCGCAGCACCCGGUCAGGGCGAAGCUCCUGCCUCUCCAGUCGCGCCAACUCCAACCUCACGCUCACUGACACGGAACAUGAGAACACCGAGACUGGUGCACCCUUGCAUUGUUCCUCCGCCUCGUCCACCCCCAUUGAACAGUCCCCCUCCCCGCCCCCCUCCCCUCUGGCCAAUGAGAGCCAGAGGCGGUUGCUAGGCAACGGUGUGGCCCAGCCAACCCCGGACUCAGACUCUGAGGAAGAGUUUGUCCCUAGUUCAUUCUUAGUUAAAAGUGGCUCCGCCAGCCUGGGGGGCGCGGCGAACGAUCACCCGGGCGGCCUGCAGAACCACCCGCGGCUCCGGACGCCCCCUCCACCGCUGUCGCACGCCCACACCCCCAGCCAGCAUCAUGCGGCCUCGGUGACCUCCCUGAACCGAGGCAACUUCACCCCCAGGAGCAACCCCAGUCCCGCGCCCACCGACCACUCACUGUCGGCAGAGGCCCCGGCAGGCGUGCAGGAGCCCGGCCACACACAGGACAACUGGCUGCUCAACAGCAACAUCCCACUGGAGACCAGAAACCUAGGCAAGCAGCCCUUCCUAGGGGCAGUGCAGGACAACCUCAUUGAGAUGGAUAUUCUCAGCGCCUCCCGCCACGAUGGGGCUUACGGUGACGGGCACUUCCUCUUCAAGCCAGGGGGCACAUCCCCACUCUUCUGCAGUUCUGCGGCACCCGGCUACCCACUGACGUCCAGCACAGUGUACUCACCGCCACCUAGGCCACUGCCCCGCAGCACCUUUGCCCGGCCUGCCUUCAGCCUGCACAAGCCUGCACGCCACUGCAGCUGGAAGUGUGCUGCCCUCAGUGCCAUCCUCAUCUCCGCCGCCCUCCUCAUCCUGCUGGCCUACUUUGUGGCCAUGCACCUGUUUGGCCUAAACUGGCACCUGCAGCCGAUGGAGGGGCAGAUGUAUGAAAUCACGGAGGACACAGCCAGCAGUUGGCCUGUGCCAACCGACGCCUCCCUGUAUCCCUCAGGGGGCACUGGGUUAGAGAUCCCUGACAGGAAAGGCAAAGGAGCCGCAGAAGGAAAGCCCAGUAGUCUCUUCCCAGAGGACAGUUUUAUAGACUCGGGAGAAAUCGAUGUGGGGAGACGGGCCUCCCAGAAGAUCCCUCCAGGCACUUUCUGGAGAUCUCAGGUCUUCAUAGAUCACCCUGUGCACCUGAAGUUCAAUGUCUCGCUGGGCAAGGCGGCCCUUGUGGGCAUUUAUGGCAGGAAAGGCCUCCCUCCAUCACACACACAGUUUGACUUUGUGGAGCUGCUGGAUGGGAGGAGGCUUCUGACCCAAGAGGCCCGCAGCCUGGAGGGCCCCCAGCGCCAGUCCAGGGGCGUCGUACCCCCCACGAGCCAUGAGACCGGCUUUAUCCAGUACCUGGACUCAGGCAUCUGGCACCUGGCUUUCUACAAUGAUGGCAAGGAGUCUGAGGUGGUUUCCUUCCUCACCACAACCAUAGAAUCAGUGGAGAACUGCCCCAGCAACUGCUAUGGCAAUGGAGACUGUGUUGCAGGGACAUGCCGCUGUUUCCUGGGCUUCCUGGGCCCCGACUGUGGCCGAGCCUCCUGCCCUGUGUUGUGCAGCGGGAAUGGCCAGUACAUGAAGGGCCGGUGCCUGUGCCACAGCGGCUGGAAGGGUGCUGAGUGCGACGUGCCCACCAGCCAGUGCAUCGAUGUGGCCUGCAGCCACCAUGGCACCUGCAUCAUGGGCACCUGCAUCUGUAACCCCGGCUACAAGGGCGAGAGCUGUGAGGAAGUGGACUGCAUGGACCCCACAUGCUCAGGCCGUGGCGUCUGCGUGCGAGGCGAGUGCCACUGCUCUGUGGGCUGGGGCGGCACCAACUGUGAGAGCCCCAGAGCCACAUGUUUGGACCAGUGCUCAGGCCAUGGCACCUUCCUGUCUGACACCGGGCUCUGCAGCUGCGACCCCAGCUGGACCGGCCAUGACUGUUCCAUCGAGAUCUGUGCUGCUGAUUGUGGGGGCCAUGGCAUCUGCGUAGGGGGUACCUGCCGCUGUGAGGAUGGCUGGAUGGGGGUGGCCUGUGACCAGCGGGCCUGCCACCCCCGCUGCGCGGAGCAUGGGACCUGCCGGGAUGGCAAAUGCGAGUGCAGCCCAGGCUGGAACGGCGAGCACUGCACUAUCGCGCACUAUCUGGAUAGGGUAGUGAAAGAGGGCUGCCCAGGACUGUGCAACGGGAAUGGCAGGUGUACCCUGGACCUCAGUGGAUGGCACUGCGUGUGCCAGCUGGGCUGGAGAGGCGCUGGCUGCGACACAGCCAUGGAGACCGCCUGCGGUGACAGCAAAGACAACGACGGAGAUGGCCUGGUGGACUGCAUGGACCCUGACUGCUGCCUCCAGCCCCUCUGCCAUGUCAACCCACUAUGCCUGGGCUCCCCUGACCCCCUGGACAUCAUCCAGGAGACACAGCCCCCUGUGUCUCAGCAGAACCUGCAUUCCUUCUAUGACCGCAUCAAGUUCCUUGUGAGCAGGGACAGCACCCACGUCAUUCCCGGCGAGAACCCCUUUGAUGGCGGGCAUGCAUGCGUCAUUCGUGGUCAAGUGAUGACGGCAGAUGGAACGCCGCUGGUUGGUGUAAACAUCAGCUUCGUCAACAAUCCCCUCUUUGGAUACACCAUCAGCAGGCAAGAUGGCAGCUUUGACUUGGUGACCAGUGGUGGCAUCUCUGUGACGCUGCGGUUUGAGCGAGCGCCAUUCCUUGCACAGGAGCACACGCUCUGGCUGCCCUGGGACCGCUUCUUCGUCAUGGAGACCAUUGUCAUGAGGCAUGAGGAGAACGAGAUCCCCAGCUGUGACCUGAGCAGCUUUGCCCGCCCCAACCCAGUGCUGGCCCCAUCCCCACUCACAGCCUUCGCUGGCUCCUGCACAGAGAAGGGCCCCAUUGUGCCUGAGAUCCAGGCUCUGCAGGAGGAAGUGGCCAUUCCCGGAUGCAGGAUGAGACUCAGCUACCUGAGCAGCCGGACUGCAGGCUACAAGGCGGUCCUGAGGAUCAGCCUCACCCACCCCAUCACUCCCUUCAACCUCAUGAAGGUCCACCUCAUGGUGGCAGUGGAAGGCCGGCUCUUCCGGAAGUGGUUCGCUGCCGCCCCAGACCUGUCCUACCACUUCAUCUGGGACAAGACAGACGUCUACAACCAGAAGGUGUUUGGGCUGUCGGAAGCCUUCGUGUCCGUGGGUUAUGAGUAUGAAUCCUGCCCGGACCUGAUCCUGUGGGAAAAAAGAACAGCGGUGCUUCAGGGCUAUGAAGUCGAUGCUUCCAAGCUGGGAGGCUGGAACCUGGACAAACAUCAUGCUCUCAACAUCCAGAGUGGCAUCCUGCACAAGGGCAACGGGGAGAACCAGUUCGUGUCCCAGCAGCCCCCUGUCAUUGGCAGUGUCAUGGGCAAUGGGCGCCGGAGGAGCAUCUCCUGCCCCAGCUGCAAUGGGCUUGCUGAUGGCAACAAGCUGCUGGCCCCCAUGGCCCUGGCCUGUGGCUCUGACGGCAGCCUCUACGUGGGUGACUUCAACUACAUCCGGAGGAUCUUCCCCUCUGGGAAUGUCACCAACAUCCUGGAGCUGAGAAAUAAAGAUUUCAGACAUAGUCACAGCCCAGCACACAAGUACUACCUGGCCACCGACCCCAUGAGUGGGGCCGUCUUCCUCUCUGACACCAGCAGCCGGAGGGUCUUCAAGAUCAAAUCCACUGUGGUGGUGAAAGACCUUGUCAAGAAUGCUGAGGUGGUGGCAGGGACAGGGGACCAGUGCCUGCCCUUUGAUGACAGCCGCUGUGGGGAUGGUGGGAAGGCCACGGAAGCCACACUCACCAACCCCAGAGGCAUUACUGUGGACAAGGCUGGGAUGAUUUACUUUGUGGACGGCACCAUGAUCCGACGUGUUGACCAGAACGGUGUCAUCUCCACCCUCCUGGGCUCCAACGACCUCACCUCGGCCCGGCCACUCAGCUGUGACUCUGUCAUGGAUAUUUCUCAGGUCCGCCUGGAGUGGCCCACAGACCUGGCCGUCAGCCCCAUGGACAACUCCCUGUACGUGCUGGACAACAAUGUCGUACUGCAGAUCUCGGAGAACCACCAGGUGCGCAUCGUGGCAGGCCGACCCAUGCACUGCCAGGUCCCUGGCAUCGACCAUUUCCUGCUGAGCAAGGUGGCUGUCCAUGCCACUCUGGAGUCGGCCACUGCCCUGGCCAUCUCCCACACUGGGGUCCUGUAUAUCGCCGAGACGGACGAGAAGAAGAUGCACCGCAUCCGCCAGGUCACCACAAGCGGGGAGAUCUCACUGGUGGCCGGGGCGCCCAGUGGCUGCGACUGCAAGAACGAUGCCAACUGCGACUGCUUCUCUGGCGACGACGGUUAUGCCAAGGAUGCCCGGCUCCACACACCAUCCUCCCUGGCCGUGUGUGCCGACGGUGAGCUCUAUGUGGCUGACCUGGGCAAUGUCCGCAUCCGCUUCAUCAGGAAGAACAGGCCUUUCCUCAACACCCAGAACCUGUACGAGCUCUCCUCACCCAUCGACCAGGAGCUCUACCUGUUUGACACCAGCGGCAGGCACCUGUACACCCAGAGCCUGCCCACUGGCGAUUACUUGUACAACUUCACUUACAGCGGGGACGGCGACGUCACCCUCAUCACCGACAACAACGGCAACAUGGUAAACAUCCGGCGAGACUCCACCGGCAUGCCCCUCUGGCUUGUGGUCCCCGAUGGCCAGGUCUACUGGCUCACCAUGGGCACCAACAGCGCCCUCAAGAGUGUGACCACACAAGGGCACGAGCUGGCCAUGAUGACCUACCACGGUAGCUCUGGCCUCCUGGCGACCAAAAGCAAUGAGAACGGGUGGACCACCUUCUAUGAGUAUGACAGCUAUGGCCACCUGACCAAUGUGACCUUCCCAACCGGACAGGUGAGCAGUUUCCGUAGUGACACUGACAGCUCAGUGCAUGUCCAGGUGGAGACCUCCAGCAAGGAUGAUGUCACCAUCACCACCAACCUGUCUGCCUCAGGUGCCUUCUACACUCUGCUGCAAGAUCAAGUCCGGAACAGCUAUUACAUUGGGGCAGACGGCUCACUGCGCCUCCUGCUGGCCAACGGCAUGGAGGUGGCGCUGCAGACAGAGCCGCACCUCCUGGCGGGCACAGUCAACCCCACCGUGGGCAAAAGGAACGUCACAUUGCCCAUCGACAAUGGCCUCAAUUUGGUGGAGUGGCGGCAGCGCAAGGAGCAGGCGCGCGGCCAGAUCACUGUCUUUGGGCGGCGGCUGCGGGUGCACAAUCGGAACCUCCUCUCCCUGGAUUUUGACCGUGUGACACGCACGGAGAAGAUCUAUGACGACCACCGCAAGUUCACUCUGCGCAUCCUGUACGACCUGGCGGGCCGGCCCAGCCUCUGGUCCCCCAGCAGCCGGCUCAACGGGGUCAACGUCACCUACUCCUCGGGUGGCCACAUCGCCGGUAUCCAGCGGGGCAUCAUGUCCGAGAGGAUGGAGUAUGACCAGUCGGGCCGCCUCACCGCCCGCAUCUUCGCGGACGGGAAGACAUGGAGCUACACAUACCUGGAGAAGUCCAUGGUGCUGCUCCUGCACAGCCAGAGGCAGUACAUCUUCGAGUUCGACAAGAACGACCGCCUGUCAUCGGUGACCAUGCCCAACGUGGCGCGGCAGACGCUGGAGACAGUGCGCUCGGUGGGCUACUACCGCAACAUCUACCAGCCACCUGAGGGCAAUGCCUCAGUCAUCCAGGACUUCUCAGAGGCCGGGCAGCUGCUGCACACAGCCUACCUGGGCACGGGCCGCAGGGUGCUUUACAGGUACGGCAGGCUGGGGAAGCUGGCCGAGGUGCUAUACGAUACCACGCGGGUGAGCUUCAGCUAUGACGAGGCGGCGGGCAUGCUCAAGACCAUCAACCUGCAGAGCGAGGCCUUCACCUGCGCCAUCCGCUACCGGCAGAUCGGGCCCCUGAUCGACCGGCAGAUCUUCCGUUUCACUGAGGAGGGCCUGGUCAAUGCCCGCUUCGACUACAACUAUGACAACAGCUUCCGGGUGACCAGCAUGCAGGCUGUCAUCAACGAGACGCCACUGCCCAUCGACCUGUACCGCUACGACGACGUGUCGGGCAAGACGGAGCAGUUCGGCAAGUUCGGGGUCAUCCACUAUGACAUCAACCAGAUCAUCACCACAGCCGUGAUGACGCACACCAAGCACUUCGAUGCCUAUGGGCGCAUGAAGGAAGUGCAGUACGAGAUCUUCCGCUCACUCAUGUACUGGAUGACGGUGCAGUAUGACAACAUGGGGCGCGUGGUGAAGAAGGAGCUGAAGGUGGGGCCCUACGCCAACACCACCCGCUAUGCCUACGAGUAUGACGCCGAUGGGCAGCUGCAGAGUGUCUCCCUCAAUGACAAGCCGCUGUGGCGCUACAGCUACGACCUCAAUGGCAACCUGCACCUGCUCAGCCCCGGCAACAGUGCUCGCCUCACACCGCUGCGCUACGACCUGCGGGACCGCAUCACGCGGCUGGGGGACGUGCAGUACCGUGUGGAUGAGGACGGCUUCCUGCGCCAGCGGGGCGCCGACGUCUUCGAGUACAACUCGGCCGGGCUGCUCAGCCGGGCCUACAGCAAGGCCGGCGGCUGGAGUGUGCGCUACCGCUACGACGGGCUGGGCCGGCGUGUGUCCAGCCGCAGCAGCCAGGGCCACCACCUGCAGUUCUUCUACGCCGACCUGAGCCGCCCCACCAAGGUCACCCACCUCUACAACCACUCCAGCUCCGAGAUCACCUCCCUCUACUACGACCUGCAGGGCCACCUCUUCGCCAUGGAGCUGAGCAGCGGUGACGAGUUCUACAUCGCCUGUGACAACGUGGGCACACCGCUGGCCGUCUUCAGCGGCACCGGCCUGAUGAUCAAGCAGGUGCUCUACACGGCCUACGGGGAGAGCUACCUGGACACCAACCCCCACUUCCAGGUGGUCAUCGGCUACCACGGUGGCCUGUAUGACCCCCUCACCAAACUCGUGCACAUGGGCCGGCGUGACUAUGACGUGCUGGCCGGGCGCUGGACCAGCCCUGACCACGAGCUGUGGAAGCGCCUAAGCAGCAACAACAUCAUGCCCUUCAACCUCUACAUGUUCAACAACAACAACCCCAUCAGCAACCAGCAGGACAUCAAGUGCUUUAUGACAGAUGUCAACAGCUGGCUGCUCACCUUUGGGUUCCAGCUGCACAACGUGAUUCCGGGCUACCCCAAGCCUGACAUGGAGGCCAUGGAGCCCUCCUAUGAGCUACAACACACACAGAUGAAGACCCAGGAGUGGGACAACAGCAAGUCCAUCCUCGGGGUGCAGUGUGAAGUGCAGAAGCAGCUCAAGGCCUUCGUCACGCUGGAGCGCUUCGACCAGCUGCGUGGCACCACGACCCCCAGCUGUUGGCAGGCGCCUGCCACGGGCAGGUUUGCGUCCAGCGGCUCCAUCUUCGGCAAGGGGGUCAAGUUUGCCCUGAAGGAUGGCCGGGUGACCACAGACAUCAUCAGCGUGGCCAACGAGGAUGGUCGGCGGGUAGCUGCCAUCCUCAACAGCGCCCACUACCUGGAGCACCUGCACUUCACCAUCGACGGGAUGGACACCCACUAUUUUGUGAAGCCGGGGCCCUCGGAGGGUGACCUGGCCAUCUUGGGCCUGAGCGGGGGCCGGCGGACGCUGGAGAGUGGGGUCAACGUCACUGUGUCGCAGACCAACACGCUGCUGGGUGGCAGGACUAGACGGUACACGGAUGUGCAGCUGCAGUUUGGGGCGCUGCUCCUGCACACGCGCUACGGAACCACAGCGGACGAGGAGAAGGCGCGGGUGCUGGAGCUGGCGCGGCAGCGGGCGGUGCGCCAGGCCUGGGCCCGGGAGCAGCAGAGACUGCGGGAUGGGGAGGAGGGCCUGCGGGCCUGGACCGAGGGGGAGAGGCAGCAGGCGCUGAGCACCGGGCGGGUGCAGGGCUACGACGGCUUCUUCGUGGUCUCAGUGGAGCAGUACCCCGAGCUGGCGGACAGCGCCAACAACAUCCACUUCAUGAGACAGAGCGAGAUGGGCCGCAGGUGACAGCGAGGCCCGGCCUGGACCUCUUGCCAAAGACAGCCGCCCUGCCCUGUGCAUGGCCACAGUCCUGCUGCUGUACUUCAAAGGACAGAGAGAGACAUACAGAGCCUUUCUUAAGCAAGCACAGAGGACAGACAGACAGACAGAAGAGAUGCUGGGCUGGCUGCCUUGUGAACUCAAUGCAGCCUCCUUUUUUAUAAGAAAUGAAAAACACAGGUUUGGCCUUCAUGCAGUUUUUUUCUUCCUGAGAACAGGAGGUACUUUUUCUUUUCCCUAUUGUGUGAUGGCAAUGACUCUGUCUUUUGUCCCCCCCCCCAGCCCUCUCUUUUUUACAUCCCUUGAGGGUCUUUCCCUUACUGUUUGGGGUCCCUUCCUCCCUGCCGAGACGAAGCUCCUGGAGUGUGUGCCCUUGUCUGUCCCCAGGUCCCCCAGUGUGAUGUGAGGCCCACAUGUCUGUACUGACUCAUCUGGUGUGCAACCCUUUCUUGGGGGACAGAUUGAUGAUGCCAGGUAGUGAGGGGUGCAGGGAGGAAGCGACCUAGGUAGAGGGUGUGUCGGACCGCAGGUCUUGGCCAGGCUCCCUCAGCCAAGUGGUAGCGUCUCUGCCAUGUCCCCUGUCUGCAGAGGCCCUUGGGGGACUUCAUCUCGGCCUCUUUCUCAGACUGUCCCAGACUCCGGCCAAAGCUUUCUACUUGAUGCCCUCUGGCCCCCCAGCUCCUCUUGCAGAUCCUGUGUCGUUGUCAGUGCCACCCCCAUGCCCUGUGCGGGGAUAGAGAACUUCUGUCCCAAAUCCUUUCCCCUAGUCUGGUGACAUCACAUCCUGAGGCUCAGAGCUCCUUCCCCAAGAGGCAGGGGCCUCUGGGGUGUCUGUGAUCCCUCUGACCCCUCUCCCCCAAGCCCCACGGUGUCCCGUUUCUCUCUUCCUCUCUCCCAAAGUCCCGGGUAAGAACCAGCACUGCACAGCCAGCCCUGGGUAUGGGCACCAUGCUCGGGAAGGGGGCAUGUGGUGGCCCUGGCAGUGGCCUGCCUGCCCAGGUGAUGCCCUUGGCCCCGACUGGGAUUCCUCUCCUGUGCUUGGUGAUCUCCACUGAGGAACACUAGUGAGUGUGGGAGAGGCGCCUGGUGCCUUUGACUGUGGACAGAUGCUUCUUUCGAGAAAGUCAGCCAAAGAGGGGAAGGCGUGUGUGCGCAGCAUCCUUCUAACCAGCUCCUGAGGGCCCCUCUGCCCCCUCUCCGUGGGCUCGGCACAGAGCUGGGGGCAGCAGGAUCUGCUUUCAGGAAAUUUCCUUCUGUGAAGUUCUUCUUACAGCAGCUUCCUCUCUAGAGAAGCCCAACCAGGGUUGUUUUUGUUUUCUGGUUUUGUUUUGUUUAUUUGUUUUUUAAAGAAAUAUUAAGGAGAAAAGAGGGAAGAGCUCUUUGGGUGUGGCCUGGCUGGCACCUCCAGUUCCCCCUGAGGUCCCUGGGAACUGGCCUAAGCCCAUGCUUUGGGGGCCUGGAACUGGAGUGGCAGCAGGAAAGAGACCAAGGCAGUGAGAGCUGGGGCCCCCGGCCUGGUCACCCCCAUUGUAACACUCCCAGGAGACUGUGGGGAAACAGGAGUGAUGCCACAAGCCCCCCUUUGAGCUGGACUUCUUAGAAAAUGGGACUUUUCUGGGUCUCCUUUACACUGAGUGUGGAAAUGAGCUCUGAGUCCGAGCUGUCCCCUGAGGAGACCUUGCUGAACCGACACGCUCAUGGCACCUUUAUAGCCUUACCUACAGAGUCUUCAGAAAGGGACACAGGUCACUGAGGCCACAGCAGGUCUCUCGGUGUGAUGGGGAAACAGCGUGGGGCAGCUCAACCAGGCGCAUGGAGGCUGAGGCUUCUGGGAGACAGGCUUUUCCUCACGGCCCACUGGGAUGAGAGGAUAUGGUUUUCUAAGUGCUCUUCCAGUUUCCAAAAAAUUAAAGAAAAAAAAAAGUCAUGCUGAUGGAGCUGUGUGUCUAGGGGUACAGCACCUCUAGAGUCAGAGGUGGCUCUCCCCAGGGUCACAGGGACCUCCAUCUAGUCAGAAUUGCCCUUGAAUGGGAUGGAAAAGAACUGGGCCUAAAGCACACAUGUUGGUUUAUUUUUUUAACCGGAAAUAGACUUAGGCCACUCAGGAUGUUGUUACGCUAGAAGGGGCCCUCACUCGGGGCAAGACUUUCCUGCCGGUGAGAUUGUCAGCUACUCCCAUGCCAGCUACCUGACAUCAGGCAAGACCUUGGGGAUGUCUUCCUGGAGGGCCAAAAUAGCAUCUCCUACCAUCUUCCUAGCCCUUGGAUCCAUCAUCGCCAAUACCAUCGCACUUAAGCACCAUUGUGGAAUUUGAAAGAUCAAGAGCACAGAGUUCCUGAGUGUUCCUUUUCUUGAAAUGAAUGCUCGGUCUCCCCUGGGCCCUGUUGCAACCAGGAGGCCCAAUGGCUGGGCCAGAAGACAGACCUGAGAUCAGAGAAAAGCAGCCCCAGGUCCUGGAGCAGCUGGGGUCACAAGCACUGGUCCCUAGGAGUUACUUUCCAGCUAGGCUGGGCAGUGCCUCUGCUCAUGGUCUCCUA